AUGGAAAUCAUUGCUUAUCUCCCCGAUGCUCCACAGACCGAAGUCUUAGUUUAUGUGGGUUUAAUGUUCCCGGCGCCAUUCUCCACUACGAGACGUUCGGCUCAGAUGGACUGCCGUGGAUACUCGCAAAGCUUUCUCGAUGGCAAACAAGUUUUCCAACAACGUCUACAAACCGAUGCUGACAAUGCGCAACGACUGAUCAUACACCUUUCUGGCAACGGGACCGCCGUCGUGUUCGGAACCUCAUCCGGCGCCAUCGUUACCCUGGCCAGUCAUCCUGAGUGUGUGACAAGGCUCAUUGCACAUGAGCCCCCGGCUUUCUCUGUUCUUCCAAAGGAGUUCCAGCUGCAGGCCCAUGGGCUUAUCAAUCACAUCUACGACACAUAUCGAACUCAUGGCCCCAGCACAGCAAUGGAGGUCUUCUCUGCGGGCCUGUCCGAGGGCCCUGAAACGAGCUUGAUGAAAUCCUGCAUGGAUGCAAGAAGAGGCGACGAGAUCCGUGCAAAUUCCCUCUUUUGGUUCGAAUUUGGGCUAAGGCAGUAUACCAGUGCUCCAGUUAACAUUGAAGCUCUUGUCAAAGAGAAAGAAAAAUUGAUCCUCGCCGUGGGUGAGGACAAUGGCGAUGGACCAGUUAUGAGUGUAAUGAAGGCCAUCGCUACACAAGGAGACAAGGAAGUUCUGAAGAUUUCUGGCGGCCAUUUAGGUUACAUGCUGAAGCCUGAGGUCUGGGCAAGGAGUAUAGUGGAGUUACUUCAGUAG